AUGAGACGUUAUUCACGAACACAGACUGUUGAUGAAGCCAUCGCUGCAAGCACAUCGAUGGACGUUGACAGUGUGGUCCUGGAUCAAGAUCCAGAUCCUCAACCAGCUGGAGAGGAAAGCCCUGAUCCAGAGGGGGAACAGUCUCCUAUGGACAUCUGUGAACCUCCACUAGCAGCUGCACCGGGUCCAGAAAAGGUGUCCGUCUUCGUCCAAACGGAGGGUGUCCAAGUGUGCACACAAUCAGUGCAGACGAAGAAGAAAGCCAAGAGCAUAGGAACUCAAACGUUUGAAAACACCGUCAGCAAAGAAGUGCAAACUGAGGCCCCCCCACACCAACAAAACAGUCAAAGCACAUCUGAGCCCAUGCUGGUGGAGUCUGCUGAAACAAACGGUGACAGCUCCGACUCUGAUGAGGAUCCUCUGGGCCUUCUUCAAGAGGACCCAAAAGACACAAACUACUACCCGGACUCAUCAGAGGAUAAAGAUGUUCUAGAAACGGAGUCGACACCAUCAGGAGACCACACGUCUGUGAACAAAUACAUUGUAUUUGAGACCUGCCUUGAGAAGCUCCUGAAGCGCUGCCCUCAAUGCUUGUCCAUGGAGACCGAAGUUGCCUUCCGCUGCGUCGGAUCUAUGGUCCAGGCUACUGUCACCUGCAGCGCUGGCCACAUCAGCAAUUGGGAGAGCCAGCCCAGGUGUCAUGGCAAACCAGUCGGCAACAUCCUGAUCUGUUCUGCCAUCGUCUUCAGUGGAGGCAGCCCAACCAAGGUGCUCCGCCUCUUUGACAUCAUGGGCGUCGCAAGCAUUCGGUCCACCCAAUUCUACGAGUACCAGAGGUGCUACCUGCUGCCAGCAGUGACAGAUGUAUGGAGAGCUGAACAACAAGCUCUCAUCGACAGCCUGAGAGGGCGCCCGCUACGGCUGGCUGGUGAUGGUCGGUCUGAUUCUCCAGGCUUUUCUGCCCUUUAUGGAACAUACUCCCUGCUCGAGACGACCGUCAACCGCAUCAUCCACCUGGAACUCGUGAAAUCAACUGAAGUGAAAUCCAGUUGUCACAUGGAGCUGGAGGGACUGGAUAGGUCUCUGACCUACUUCGCGAAGGAGGACCUCACUGUGGAGGUGAUAGUCACCGAUAGGCAUAUGCAGGUCAGCGCAUAUAUGAAGCGGGAGCACCCCCUCAUCCAGCAUCGUUUUGAUCUGUGGCAUGUCAGCAAAGGCAUCAAAAAGAAGAUUGUGGCACUGGCCAAGUCACCACGCCACAAGUCCUUGGAGCGAUGGUUGGAAAACAUCACAAGGCAUCUCUACUGGUGUGCUCGCACCAGUAACGGCCAGGGAGACCUCAUCCUAGCGAAGUGGACGUCCAUCACGCGACAUAUCUCCGACGUCCACCAUCACGUCAACCCACUCCACCCAGCUUGUUUACACGGGAAUCUUACUGAUCGGUUCUGGAUCGAGGAGGGGACCGAAACCUUCAAGAAAUUGGAGUCGGUUGUGCUCUCGAGUCACCUCCUCCGGGACAUCCCCAAACUCUCCUCGGACGAGCAAACCUUUGGGCUGGAGGCUUUUCAUGGAGUUCUCGUCCACUUUGCUUCCAAGUCUGUCGGGUACUGUCACGAAGGACUGCUGGCAAGGACGUACGUCGCAGCGCUGCACUUCAACAGCAACGCAGACAGGAAGAUUCGCCAGGCGGACAACGGCGACGACAAGUAUGUUCUGAAAUUUUCCUGAGGAAGGAAGCAGUGGACGAUUGUUCCCGUCAAGGAAGACACAAAGUUUGGGUACAUCACGAAGCUCCUGGCUGGCGUUUUUGAGCGCAUUGAAAGGUAUCCGACCUUCAAGGCAGCAAGCGCAUCACUUUCCAACCGGAAACUGGCGACACUGAGCAGCUCACAAGCAAAGAAACCAGACCUGGAGAGUGCUGUUGCUGCUCAUCGUUCACGUUACCGAAGGAAACAACUUGAGUAAUGUGUGUUUUGUCAGUUGGCUUCAUCGUUUGAUCAUAAUGUAAAAACAGUGCAAAAAAAUAUGUGCUUGUCUGCUUCGUCUGUUUUUUUUUGCACUUUUUUUUACAUCAUGAUCAAUACCAACUAACCCAACUCUCGAUGUUGCUCCAUCUUUACAUUGCUGCUUUAGAGCAAGAGCCCUCCCUUUAUUUACUUCUCUUAUGUUUUUUCCAAGAGUUAUUUGUCACAGGUCAAGAAACUAUGUUUUGCUAGGCUGCAUACCAUUGCCAUGAUACAUCUUAACUGCAGCAUGCAGCAACACUGGAACAUGUUGACUGUCUGCCAAGCAAACAUUGAUGUUGGCCAAAACAAGUUUUUAUCCACAGUUUAUGUUGUAGGGUUCUCGUCCGAUUCCCCGGGCCCCUGUCUCUGGAUG